AUGGCGCCUUCUGCGUCGGUCAAUGUUCCUACGAACACCAAGAUCAAGGAGCAAGAUGUCAACAACAAGCUCCAGCUCUAUGGAAUCUUCUCUGCUUUCUCCAAUGGCAAGGUCCCCUCAAACAAGCAGAUUGAUGUUGCUAUGAACAGCGCUCUCGCAUCGCGACCGCUCUCAAACCCAUCGAAGAAGCUCUCGACAGAGGGACAAAAGCUCGUGGGUGACCUGCGCGAGGUUGUCGAGCAGGCCAAGCUCCUCCUCUUGACCAAGAACGAGGGCAAUCUUCUUCAGGACUUCAUUUGGCAAACUCAGCAGAUCUCUGGCGCCAAUGCCGGCACUCCUAAUGCUCCUGUCGACAAGGAGACCGCCAAGCAGCACGGUAACGAGGCCCUUGAUGGCCUUCGCACUCUCGGCACGCUCAUCCUGUCCAACGGUCAAUUCCGUAAACUUUUGAGUGAUGCUAGCAUUCUCUUCAGAGACAUGGCCGGUGACGCCGCCCAGAAGGCGGCCAACAAGGUUAACCCUUCCGAGGAUGAGCUGAACCAGAUUGACAAGCCUGCCGAGGACAACACCUGGCACGACGUCCCCGACCUUUCCAAGGGGAACCUCAAGAACCAAGCUAAGGCCAAAUUCGACGAGCAGAAGCCCUUUAACAAGGAGCAGGCCAAGGGUGCUCUUGGUGAUGCCACUCAGGCCGCCCACCCCAGCGGCUCCCGUGACCCCGCCGACGCUGCCAGACUUGCUGCUCGCGACCAGCAACAGGGUACCAACUCUGGUGUUGACGCUACCAAAGGUCUGCAGCAGGGCGCUGACCGCCUCCACCAACAAGCCAAGGAGAACGUCCCUGAGGAGACCCAGGAGCGUGCCCGCGAUGCCAAGGAGCGCACCAACAACUACAUGAAGGAGAAGCUCCCCAAGGAGCGCCGCGAGCAGGGCAUCUACCGCCUGAAGAAGAUGGUUGUCGAGAUUCAAGGCCACCAGGACUACCACCAAGCCAUUGAUACUCUCCUUCGUCUUGCCGAGCAGUACACUGGUCACACUAAGAACCUGGCCAACCAAAGCCAGGGAACCGUCAAGGGUGCCCACAAGGAUGACAGCCUGCAGAUGGCUGAAGCCGACCUCAAGACCCUCAUCGAGCGUUUCGCCAACGGCACCUCCCUCGACGACAUGUUCGACUCCAUCAACGUCAUCUACCGUGAUGCCGACAGUGACCCUGAGCUCAAGGGCUGGUUCACCCACAUGAACAAGUACAUCCGCAAGUGCCUCAAGGAGCAAGGUUACGUCCUCGAGGACAGCUCGACCGAGGAGUGGAACAAGCUCUACGAUCAGGGCGAGUUCCUCCUCCGCGACCGCUACCGCAACCACACCGACAGAAUUGCCGACGAGUUCAAGUUCUACAUUGACCAGUUCAACCAGGACAAGCAGAACGUUGCCUUCGGUGACGCCGUCCAGAAGCUCUUCCUCGACCUUGGACAGGACGAGAACGGUCAGGCUGAGUUCAAGCCUCACCUCAUCAAGGACUUGACUGAGGUCAUCCUUCCCGGCAUCUUCGAGUCCGUCCGCUAUGUCCCCAUUCCUCGUAUCGAGUACUCCGACCACAUGAUGGAUGCCAUCGUUGAGAACCUCGUCCUCGAGGGUGACAACCUUGCUCCCAACGUCAUGGAGUUCGGCAGCGACAACUACUGGCGCUGGGGACGCAAGUCUAUCACUAGCAAGAACAAGAACAAGGUCAUGCUUUCCGUCUCCGGCAUCCAGUGUGACCUUCGCGAUGUCAGCUACUACAUCAAGAAGAAGGAGGGCUUCCCCAGUAUUACUGACAAGGGUGUCAUGGACAUCUUCCUCGGCGGCACUGGUCUCAGCUUCAAGGUCGCCAUGGAGACCGCAGACAAGACCGAUGGCAAGCACUUCUUCAAGGUCAACACCGUCCACGUCGACAUCAAGAACAUCAACAUCAAGCUGAAGCAGUCCAACCACAAGUUGCUCUUCAACGUCUUCAAGCCUCUCCUCCUCAAGGUCAUGCGCCCUGCCAUCCAGAAGGUUGCCGAGACCCAGAUCCGCAACAACAUCCACCAGCUCGAUGAGAUGCUCUAUGGCAUCCACCAGGAGGUCGAGAAGGCCAAGCAGCAAGCUAAGAACAACCCCGACCCUGAGAACAUUCAGAACAUCUACCAGCGCUACGCCACUGCCGCUCAGCAGAAGUUCACCAAGGGCAAGCAAAAGAAGGAUGAGGUUGCUGCCGACAAGAAGGUCAACAUGGCUGUCACCAAGCACGACAGCAUGUUCAAGAACAUCUCUCUCCCCGGCGGUAUCAGCACCAAGGCCACCGAGUACAAGGAGCUUGCUGCUAAGGGCGACAAGUGGGAGUCCCCCAUCUUCAGCAUUGGAUCUUCUAAGGAGACUUCCAACUUGCCCAAGAUGGCUUCCAUCACCCGCAAGCCUCACAAGGUCAACACCGAGGGUGUUCGUGGCCCCAACAACCUUGGCACUGACCAGUACGGCUCGGGAUUUAACGGAUCCUCCGACACUGGCCCCAGCGGUGGUCUCAACACCGGCAACUCUGGCUACGGCUCUCAGAGCAGCACUGGCUACCACGGUGGUUCUUCUUCUGCUGGUCUUACCGGUCAGGUUCCCGUCCGUGGUGGCAACACCACUGGCUCUGGCUACGAGCAGAACACCACCAACACCACUGGCUACCACCAGGGCUCAUCUCACUACGCUGCUGGUGAGGGCCCUAUCGGCACUGGCCGUGAGUCCACUGGUGCCGGCAACUUCGGCGGCGAGGUCGACCGUGCCUUCCACGAUGCUACCGGCUCCACCACUGGUACUACUGGUACCACCGGCACUGCCUCUGGUGUCCAAGGCGACGCCAGCGGAAACACCUUCUUCGGCAAGAACAACCCCGUCUUCCAGGGUCGUGUUUAA